UAUAGGAUCCGCUCAGUGGAUAUCUUCUAUAUAAGAUCCUUCUCCUGAUUGACCCGUCAAGGAAGAAUAGGGACAGAGACAAGAUGGCGGAGAGUAUAAUAAAUCUCACCCUAGAGAUCCUCUUCCGGCUUACUGGAGAGGUUCCUAUAAGGUGUCAGGAUGUCGCCGUCUAUUUCUCCAUGGAGGAGUGGGAGUAUUUAGAAGGACACAAAGAUCUGUACAAGGACAUCAUAAUGGAGGAUCACUGGCCUCUCACAUCACCAGUUAGAUCCAGUAAGAUGACAACACCGGAGAUAUGUCCCACUCCUCUUCUUCCACAGGAUGGUUCAGAAGAACAUCACAAUAUCCCACGGGAUGAUGAUCAGCUUGUGAAUCCCGGUGAAGAUCUGAACAUUAUAUAUGUUACAGAGACACAUGUGAGGGGUGGUGAGCAGAGUAUAGAGGACAUUCCUACAGAUAUCCGCCCAGAUGACUGUAACAGGAGCUCAGAAGAACAUCUGGUGUCUUCACAUUUUAAAGCAGAUGAUCAUGUUGUCACACAAGAUGAAAAACAUGCCAUUAUCACAGAUGUACCCUCUGACAUUCACAGAAAAAAUCCAUCAUCUGAUCAUAUGAAACGCACGGACGGAAAGCCAUUUUCAUGUUCAGAAUGUGGGAAAUGUUUUGCUUUAAAAAAAACUCUUGUUACCCACCAGAGAAUUCACACAGGAGAGAAGCCAUAUUCAUGUUCGGAAUGUGAAAGAUGUUUUGCUUGGAAAUCAGAUUUCGUUAGGCAUAAGAGAAAUCAUACAGGGGAGAAGCCGUUUUCAUGUUCAAAUUGCGGGAAAUGUUUUAACCAGAAAUCAGAUCUUGUUAUACAUCAAAGAUGCCACACUGGGUCGAUGCCAUUUAUAUGUACAGAAUGUAAUAAAUGUUUCAACCAGAAAUCAGCUCUUGUAAGACAUCAGAGAAUUCACACAGGGGAGAAGCCAUUUUCAUGCCCAGAAUGUGGGAAAUGUUUUACUCGAAAAUCAAGUCUUGAUUAUCAUCAGAGAACUCACACAGGAGAGAAGCCAUUUUCAUGUUCAGAAUGUAUGAAAUGUUUUGCUUCAAACAAAACUCUUGUUACGCACCAGAAAAUUCACACAGGAGAGAAGCCAUAUUCAUGUUCAGAAUGUGAGAAAUCUUUUGUUUGGAAAUCAGAUUUUGUUAGGCAUAAGAAAAAUCAUACAGGGGAGAAGCCGUUUUCAUGUUCAAAUUGUGGGAAAUGUUUCAACCAGAAAUCAGUUCUUGUUAUACAUCAGAGAUGCCACACUGGGUCGAAGUUAUUUAAAUGUACAGAAUGUAAUACAUGUUUCAACCAGAAAUCAGAUCUUGUUAGACAUCAGAGAAUUCACACAGGGGAAAAGCCAUUUUCAUGCCCAGAAUGUGGGAAAUGUUUUUCUUUAAACAAAACUCUUGUUACACACCAGAGAAUUCACACAGGUGAGAAGCCAUAUUCAUGUUCAGAAUGUGAGAGAUGUUUUGCUUGGAAAUCAGAUUUUAUUAGGCAUAAGAGAAAUCAUCCAGGGGAGAAGCCGUUUUCAUGUUAAAAUUGCGGGAAAUGUUUUAACCAGAAAUCAGAUCUUGUUAUACAUCAGAGAAUUCACACAGGGGAGAAGCCAUUUUCAUGCCCAGAAUGUGGGAAAUGUUUUACAUUAAAUUAAAAUCUUCUUAAACCUGAGAGACAUCACACGGUGGAAAAAGCCGUUUUCAUGUUCAGAAUAUGGGAAAAGUUAUAGUUCUAAAUCAGCUCUUCUCAUUCAUCAGAUAAUUCACACAGGGGAGAAGCCAUUUUCAUGUUUAGAAUGUGGGAAAUGUUUUAACAAGAAAUAAAAUCUUGUUACACAUAAGAAAACUCACACAGGGGAGAAGCGAUUCUCAUGUUCAGAAUGUGGGAAAUAUUUUAACAGGAAAUUAUAUCUCGUUACACAUCAGAUAAUUCACACAGGAGAGAAGCCAUAUUUAUGUCCAGAAUGAGGGAAAUGUUUUACUUGGAAAUCAGAUUUUUUUAGACUUCAAAGGAGUCACACAGGGGAGAAGCCAUAUUCAUGUUUUUAAUGCGGGAAAUGUUUUAGCUGGAAAUCAAAUUUUGUUAGACCAAGAGAAUGUACACAAGGGAAAAGCCAUUUUUACAUCCAGAAUGUGGUAAAUGUUUACCCAUAAAUCAUAUCUUUCUAAACAUCAAAAAACUCACAAAGGAGAGAAGCCAUUUUCUUUCGUUAAACUAAAGAAAAAUAUCACUUGCAGUCAAAGUAAAGUCAUGUCACACAAGAGAAAGGGAAAUCAGUUAAGAUUCAUAAAUGAUGAUUAUGAAAUGUAUGUAAUUACGAAUCAAUGUCUCUUAUCCAAAAAGCAAAUAGAAUCCAGAUAACUCAUCUGUAUAUCCACCAUGUGCAGAGAAUAUUUUACGCUGAUUUAUUUAACUGAAUAUUAAAA